CGGCGGGCGGGUCACAUGACCGCGGCCCCUGGGAGCCGGGCCCAACAUGGCAGCGGCGGCGGGCGCAGGGGCCGGCAGCGCUCAGCCCUAGGGCGGCCUCCGCGCCCCGCCGGCCGCCCCCGGCACCGCUCCCGGCACCCGCAGCCCCGGUUUCAUCCCGCAGCCCCCCCGCAGCCCGCCGCCGCCUCAGACAUGAGGGAGAAGGGCCGCCGCAAGAAGGGCAGGACCUGGGCCGAGGCCGCCCGCACGGUCCUGGAGAAGUAUCCUAAUACACCUAUGAGCCAUAAAGAGAUUCUUCAAGUUAUCCAGAAAGAAGGACUUAAAGAAAUCAGAAGUGGGACUUCUCCUCUUGCAUGCCUGAAUGCUAUGUUACAUACAAACUCCCGAGGGGAAGAGGGCAUUUUCUAUAAGGUCCCGGGGCGGAUGGGAGUGUACACUCUGAAGAAGGACGUUCCGGACGGGCUGAAGGAGCUCUCUGACGGCUCGGAGGAGAGCAGCGACGCGCAGUCCGACUCGCAGAGCUCCGAGAACAGCAGCAGCAGCACCAGCAGCAGCAGCAAUGGGUGCACUAACAAGGACGGGAAGAAAAGCAGAUGGAAAAGGAAAGUGUCAUCUAGGCUGUCACAGACGUCCUCCCCCCAGUCCAGCUGCCCGUCACCUUCCAUCCAAACAGGCAAAGUCAUCUCCUCGUCCCAGAAGCACAGCAAGAAGGCGCUCAAACAGGCCUUGAAACAGCAGCAGCAGAAGCAACAGCAGCAGCAAUGCAGAGCAGGCAUGCCCGUGUCGUCUAACCAGCAUGUCCUCCUGAAGGCUGUCAAGGCAGCCAGUGACUCCGCACCUACAAAAUCCGCUUGGGAAGGAAAGCAGUCAGAUGGACAGUCAAGCAGCCCGCAGAACUCCACCUCCAGUUCCUCUCCCUCUGUUAAGCUCGAUAACUCCUUGCCAGGGCUGGGGAAGAAGCCAUUCCAGAGAUCUGACAGGCUCCAUGCAAGGCAGCUGAAGAGAACAAAGUGUGCUGAAAUUGAUGUGGAAACUCCUGACUCCAUCCUCGUGAACACGAACCUGCGGGCACUGAUCAACAAGCAUACGUUCUCUGUUCUGCCUACGGAAUGCCAGCAGCGCCUGCUGCUGCUGCUGCCAGAGGUGGACAGGCAGGUUGGGGCAGAUGGUUUGAUGAAGCUGAGUGGCUCUGCAUUGAACAACGAGUUCUUCACGUCAGCUGCCCAAGGCUGGAAGGAGAGGUUGUCAGAAGGUGAGUUUACCCCAGAAAUGCAGCUAAGAAUACGUCAAGAGAUAGAAAAAGAAAAGAAGGUUGAGCUGUGGAAGGAGCAUUUUUUUGAGAGCUACUAUGGCCAGAGUUCUGGACUAAGUCCUGAAGAGUCCAAGAGACUGACAGCAAACACCAGCCCUGCCGAGACAGAGGUUGAAAAUCCAGCAGCUGAACAGCCAAAAUGCAUGCCAGCCUCUCUGGCACCACUCAAAGAGGAGAUCACUCCUCCAGCAGAGUCUAAAGCACAAGCAGCCCAGGCAACGCCCGCAACAAAAAAAGGAGGAGAGGAAAGAAGAGAGGACACGCAGCCAAAACCAGCCAAACCUGCAGAGGCCUCAGUUUCCCCAGAUGGCUGUGCAGCAAAGCCUAGCGACCACCCUCUGUCUUUAAAAGAGAAAACACAAGGAGAAUCCACUCAAGAGAAACCACCAUCUGCUGUCAGUCAAAAGCCAGAGGAAGAGAAGAAGCAUGCUGCAUCAAAGGAAGUGCCAGUGAAAGAGACUGUGAGUACCUCAGUUUUGGCCCUGAGCAAACCAAAGAGCCCUGAAGCAGGUGAAGUAGUAGCAACCACGGCGAGCCCGGUGAUUACUCCACAAACACCAGAAAAGAAGUCCCCUGCAAAUGAGGAGAUGGAGGUCAGCGUUGAAGGCCAUAAGAGGAAGUCGGAGAGCCGUGAGGAAGGUGUAACCACUCCGGAGAAGAAGCCCCGCAUCAUGGAGAACUGCCAGCACCACCAGUCGUUUCGGAGCCAGCCACAGUCCUUUCCUGCAGCUGGGACCCCGGUGCCACGGGUACCCCCACUCAAGAUUCCUGUUUCCAGAAUCUCCCCAAUGCCAUUUCCUGCGGGCCAGGUCUCUCCCGGGGCACGUUUCCCAACCUCAGUCACCAGUCCGGGAAGAACAGGGGCCAGAACUCUGGCAGACAUCAAGGCCAAAGCCCAGCAAGUCAGGGCCCAGAGGGCAGCGGCCGCCGCCGCAGCCGCCGCCGCCGCCGCGGCCGCAUCUUCAGGGGGAGCAGUGCCAGGGCCCGGGCCCGGCGGUGGUGGGGGCCCUCCGGGUGGUGGAGGAGAGAAGAGUAACGCAGCACCAGGCGGAACCAAGGAAACUGGAACUGGAGGAAAUGCACUGGAACUGGCAGGAACUGGAAGCGGGGGAAGUUCGAGAAGGUUUCUUCCCCAUUGUCCAGGGCCCCGUUCCCAAAUGGAGACCCAGGCCACGGACCAGCCACCAGCUCACAAUCUCUCUAGAGCACAACUACAGCAAACUUCCACAUUGCAACCCAGAACUCCAGGCAGCAAUACGGGCACCGCCUGCUCCUCAUCAGCGCCAUCAGCACUAGAGAAAAGCGACAGGAUAAAGCAGAGCCCCCCAAACGUGACUGUAACCCAGGUUCCAGGCUCCCCGUACGCUGGCAGCAGUGACAAACAAGAGAAAGCACCUUCUGCUCCAGCAGGUCCGAGCCAGGCCAGCGGGGCAUCGGCUGUCAGGGAUGGAACAGGCGGUGUCACCGCGUCCACAGCGGGUGCCAACACAAAUGUCACUAAGGUAGCGCCUGCGGCCUUAGGAGGGACCAGCCCAGAUGUCUCCAAAGGCACAAAUCCUUCCCCUCUGAUGUCUUCGUCUUCACUUCUGACACCCACAGGCUCAGAAGCCCCGGCUGGAGGCGCGGUAACGUCUGCUCCAUCUGCCCCUUCCUCCAACGCUUUGUCAGCAGCACCUAGCCUUAAAACUCACCUAAGCUCGAGUGGGGCCCUCCCGAAAACGAGCUCCAGUAUCCCUGCUAACAACCCUUUGGUCACCCAACUGCUGCAGGGCAAGAAUGUCCCUCUGGAACAAAUCCUGCCGAAGCCUCUCACCAAAGCAGAAAUGAAAACUGUCCCGUUGGCUUCUAACGAAGAAAAAGGGGCAGCAGCACCCAGUGCCGCGAGUGUAGCAGGGAACGGGACUGGAGCCGAGGGUGGUGAAAGACAAUCGGGUUUACCCACACAGCAGCUUGGGAAGAUCUUUUGCCAGAGCAGGCCCCUGCCUCACAUUCCAAGGACCUUUCCAGUCCCCUCGGGAAAGGACCCCGGCGUUGAGCAGCACCCGUGCCCGGAGCCGCUCAGUAAAACAACCCAAGAGCAGAUCCUUCAGACUCUCAUCAAGAGGGUCCAGAGGCAGAAUUUGUUCCCGGUCCUUCAGCCUUCACAACUGAACCUCUCUCACUCAGGUUUCCAGUUAGAAAACAGCUCCACCAGCCAGAGGUUUGUGCUGGGUUUCAUGGGCAGGAGGACCUCCAAGCCUGCUAUGUCUGGUCAUUAUCUGCUCAACAUUUCCACCUACGGCCGCGGCUCGGAGAGUUUGAGGAGAGGCUUCUCCUUGAACCCGGAAAACCGCUUGUGUCUGAACAGUCCUGCUGAGGCUCCGAAAACAGAAUUUGGGGAAUGCGAGGAGAUGGCCGGCCAGGGCAGCAGCAGCAGCGAGGAAGGAGAUGCAGAUGACGAGAGUACCGGUGACGAACGCGAACGUGUCAGUGUGAAAGAGGAGCCCCAGGCUUCGCAGGUGUCCGGCCAGUGUGAAAAAGAACAGGGGUCACAUCACACAAACCCUUCAGAUUACGGCAUCCCUGCUAAGAAGGGCGUAAAGACGGAAUCGGCCGCGUCUCAGCAAGCAGCAGGCAGCAGGGAAAACGUUCCGGGGUUUGACGGAACGACGCUAGCGCGAGAUUUUAUCCAAGCCGCCCAAGAGCAAAUGGCACAUGCAAUGAGGGGAAAGAUGCACGGCAGCCCCGAGCUUUUCAGUCCUUCUGUGCCGUCCUCGGACUCUGCGCAGCAGCAGCCUCCCCAGCUCCCUCCUCCACAGCCUCCGAAGCUGGGCGGAGAUGCUGCAGCACAGCUCCUGGGGCCCAGUUACAGCGGCACCAUAAACGUCUCCACCUCCCCGGACGUCAACCAAGGGUCUCUGAUGAGCGGGCUGUCGGAAUGCAAUCAGCUGUCCAGCAGCAUGGGGAACGUCAUGUCCUUCUCGGUGACUGUCACCACCAUCCCCACCAGCCAAGCGAUGAACUCUGGCACCCACGGUCAGACCAUCCCGGUUCAAGCCUUCGCUGAAGACCACGGCAUGGAGGACUCCCCUUCCAAAUGUUACUGCAGGUUGAAAGCCAUGAUCAUGUGCAAGGGCUGCGGCGCCUUCUGCCAUGACGAUUGCAUCGGCCCCUCUAAGCUCUGUGUCUCCUGCCUUGUCGUGCGGUAACCGGGACGUGAAGCGGGGAGGAGGAUGGCUGGACGUUGGUUUUGCUUUCGGAAGUACGUUGGGAAGAAACAGGAAAUUUACUGCCUUGCACAAGAGACACGUUACUGAAUCAGGAAUACAGAGUAGAGUUCUUCUUUCAUUAAAGAAAGAGCACCUUCUUGUACAGUGAGUCUAAAUUGAGCUCAACUACGUGAAUUGUGACAAGAGUUUGCACUUAAGGAAUUAUGUAAAUAUGUCACAUUAUUUUGUUUAAAAAUAUUUUUUCAAUCUUUUAGGAGAUAGUGGUUGACUUGUACUGCAGUUUCAUUAACCCCAGCCUGCUAUCCAGCAUGUUUGCUGAGCUCUGCUCUAGAUGGGGGAAUGAACCCCCGGCAAAACAUCAGCCUGUUGGGCUUCUCUUGGAAAGAGAAGAGCCGGAGAAUACGAAACUAAACGCUUGUUCUGACUGAUGACAGAGCACUGGAGCAGGAAACCCUGAACGGGCUUGCUGCGUUGCUCUAAAUUUUAGUUCAAUUUUUCAGAAUUGGAAGGCGUUAACAUCACCCAGGCCUUUCAAGUCCUUGCCUCUCCCUUGUGACACGGCUGUCUCCAGAAGGCAUACUGGGUUGUGCAAUAUUGGCUGGUGUUUUUGAUUCGCAUAUCCUCUCCUCUCCAAGGAGGCAGUUGCAGUAACCUUCUUUUAGGGACGGAGGUAUCUUGGUUUGCUACUGGCAAAUACCGAAAAGGGCAACUGUGCUAACCGUAGGAUUCAAGGAUUUAAAUCACUAAAACAACUCAGUAACUGUGAGUAUUGGUAAUUCCAGGAACCAUUUAAAGCAGAGAUCGCAAAUAUGAACUGCAUUUCAUUUCUGGACUGUCAGGACUCGGCAGAAACCUGCUUUUGUUAGGCAUUAUUUCAAGGGAGCUGGGGAGUGCGGCCCCCGGAGCUGAGCACCGCCGGUUGUUGCAGCACAUUAUGCAAGUGAAGUGCACUAAACGUCACCCUCUGCCCUACUGUUUUCUAGGAAGCUUUUUGUGGCUCAUUAAAAACUCCACAGAUAGUCAGACUUCUCCAAGUUUCUAUAGAUUUUUCUAUUUAGCUGAGCGUAGGGAAAGAAAGCAAGGACCUCGUGUGUCCGUCGGAGGACGCCGAGCCGGUGCGCCUUGGUGCAUCGGGGCGAGCUCGGGAGGGGUGCAGCUGGUGGGACGCGUUCCUCACCCCCAGGAGCCGGUGCUCAGCCUCCGUGCGCUCCAGGUGGUGGGAAUUGAGCGAUGCAGAACGGUACUUGGUGCUGGACGACACGGAUUGACAACAGGCUGGCUAAUAAAGCACUCGCCGAUCUGCGUGGUGACAAAUCGCCGCGUGCCCGCCCCACACGGGGGACGUGUGGGUCACUUCUCUUCCAGAACAGCGUCAGGUUGGAUAGUCACAUCCAGUCCCAUGGUGUCACUGUGCGGGGUGGGAGGGGGGCCAUCCUGGAGCUUGGUCAGGUAACAGAUCUAUGUAUCUUUUUUGAUGGAAAAAGCACUGAAUUCACUUUGAAUCCAAAGGCCUUUUUAAGAUGAAGCAAUAUUAACAAAAUAGGUGACAGCUGUUUUACGAGCUGGGGUCCUAAAGCCUUUUUUCCUUCUUCCCGUUUGAUUAUACUACUGCUUUCCCCGCUUCCCCCUCCCUCGCGGUAAGCUCAGGAGCUCUGCCCGGGAGGCGCCGUGUGGUUCUGCGAGGAGCGGGUGUUGGUUUGUUUGUUAAUGGUUGCAGAGAGUUGCAGACUCGAUGGCUUCACAAUAAAAGUGUUUCCUUCCCUGUCCAGCAGAGCGUGGUGUCCUCCGAAGCAGGGUCAGCGUGCGUGAGUUAACGAGAGCGGCCGCGUGUGCACCGUGCUCGUAGUUCUGCCCGUAAUAAAUGCACCGGGGAGCAGUGCCUCCUGCUUCCCGACUGUGCAUCGCUCCUUGUAGACAUCCAGUGGUGGACGGGAUUGAAGGGUUAGAAAUACAGACUUUACGCUUACAUCUCAAAAAAAAAAAAAGAAGAGAAUGCAAGAAGUGCUCCCAGUUCUGUCGUACCGUGCAGCCCCACGCCAGGGCUGCACCGUCCCACGGCUGGCUCCGUGCGUGCCCGGGGAACCCAGGAGGGUUCACUUCUGCUGCAGCUGCUGUAGCAGGGAUGAUUUGUUCCCCGGGUCGGUUUGUAAGUGCUCAUUUGGACAGCGCCCCAUCGCUGCCUGCUUCCCUCUUUGCUGCUGCACCAGGAAUUUCUGCCAUUCUUUGAAAUCGUAGGGCGCGGCGUGAAACGGCUUCGCGCGGCGUACCCCGGGGAGAGCAGGAUCUUCCCUUCCCUCAUUAGCUCCAGCCUUGUCUAGACAUGAAAGCAAAGUUAUGGCAACAUAAUCCCUCAGCGAGACACGUUCGUUCCCUCGGCAUAAUCCAAUUUAAGGUUGUUUGGGGUUAGAAACCAGGCUGAAAAAGUCAUUUUAGCCUCAAAUAAAAGCAAAGAGGCUUUGCUGGCGUAAUUGGCUCAAUGCUGUUCACACCUUGACGUCCAUCGGUGUGAAUUCUGCCGGCUGACAAGGCUGCUUCAGAGGGGGAAGGGGAGGAUGCUGAGGGAGCAGCACGCAGCUGCUGCCUGCUGUUGGCGUCCCCAGGCUGCUCCAUCUGUCGCCGCUGUCGCGUUGGGAAGGUUUCGGUACCCAGCGACUUCUAAAACAGCAGCCCCAGCUGCGGUUCCGACGGGUCGCUGCCUUUAAAUUGCACGAGCUCCCCUGCAGCCUGGGGGUUGGGUUGUCUCCAGGCCCAUUUCUGAGAGCCAGGAGCUGCUGUUGAUGAGCAGGACCGCAGGAACCGAGCGGCUGCCGGGCUGUGCUGCGCCCUGUGGGCAUCCCACGCGGCGACUUGGAAGUUUACAACUCUGUUCAGUGCCUUAGUUAUACUUUAACAGCUGAGCACUUUCAUUGGGCUGCUUUUGUUCUGUUCCUGUCUCAGAUAAUAAAUCCUUUUAAUCGCGUGUCUUUGAUUUUAGCAGACGCUACGAGCGACAAGGUGGAACUCGAGGAAUCGUAGCCACGGGUUUGCGAGAGGGCAUUAAGAGGUUAGGAAACUGUUAGAAAUAACGGGGCUCAGUGUAAUGAUCGAUACAAGUACAGGUCUAUAUAAAACCUUGAGAGCUCUGCAUGUUUUCCAGUGCUGGUUAUUGAAUAAUGUGUUCUAGAAAGGGAAAAUCCUGGGGCGCCCCUUUAGGAGCGCUCCCUGCGUGGCGUUGCCCUGCUGCCCUCCUCCCCCCAUUUGUCUCCGCUCUUCCAUCGCCUGCCCUUCCUUGGGUGUGUAAUUCAGAUCGUGACACAGCUUAAAACAUUGGGCUUUGGUGGGUAGGUAUUAAAAAUAUGCCAUUCUCCAGUAAAUCCAAGCCCGGCAGCGUGAGAACGAGGAAUGCAAAGAGACCCGUGGCUUUUAACCUCCCACCUCCUGCAGGUGAUUGCGAUGGAGGAGUGAAGGCGCCUAGAGACGGGUUGAGGUUUUGGGGUGCAGAUGGGCAGCGCGGGGAGGGAAAUUGGAGAUGUUCAUGUCUCAAAUCAAAUGGAAAGGCAGCAAGCUGUGCUUUGUUGGGCAGUCACGGGGGUGAUGGGGAAGGCAGUGCUGGCCAGGGCCCUGAUGGCCAGGAGGUCACCGCUUGGCCAGGUCACCCCCUAAGUCCUUUUGGGGACCCUGGGGCAGGAGCAGGUGCCUGGGCUGGGGCAGGAGCUUGCACCUCAGCUGGGGCGGACGGCGCUCAGGGUCGCUGAAAGCAGCUUGGAAAAAGAUUUUGGUUUUGCAGGGGGGAAGUGCCUGAAAGAGCAGCGUGUUCUGUGCUGGAAGAGCCUCACCUGGGACGCGUGGAGCCCUGGGGAAGCUGCUUUGUUUCCCUUGGGAGCCUUGUCCCAAAGCAAACGGCCACGGGGGCUCUGCUCGCCCCAGCAGCGCUGUGCUCAGCUCCAGCAGCCAGAGCAGCAACAGUGGUGGGGAGCAGGGGUGGUGGGGAGAGCACAACGAGGGCCCUGGGGCACCUGCACUGGAACGGGGACACUGCUGGGAUGGGAGGGAGGGAGGGGACAGGCGGGGAUGGGGCUGCAGUGGGGGUCCCGGGGGCGUGCUGCGCGCUGCGGUCACGAUAGCCAGAAUUGUCUCGAUGAACUAAGUUUUGUUUGUUUUUGUUUUUUUUAAUGCUAUACGUUUGAUAUAACUGAAGAUCAACUUUAAGAGCUUACAGUAAUAUAUUUUAAGUAAUAUAUAUUUUAGUAUCUAAAAAAAAUAAAAUAAAAUUGACAAAGGAUGAUUUAUGAACUAGAUGAACAGGGUAUUGGGAGCAUGCAGUUUCUCGGCAAGGCCAGGAAUAGUUUUACUAGCAGGAGAACUGAAAAGAUUCAGUUUUUUCCAUUAAUGCAAUAAAAAUGGGAGUUCUUAAAAAGAAGAAAUCCAAUACUGUUUACCACAUGCUUUUCUUGUUUUGACAACAGGCCUGUAAACACAGUUUAGAAGAUACUAAACCUUUGUCUGUCUUUCGCCUUUUUAAAAGGGACUUAAAUUGGAAUAGAGGGUAUGUACAGAAAAAUCAAGUUGACACCAUUUUAAAAUGUAUUUUUACACAAAUAAUAUAGAAAAAUCAUAUUUUACGUAAGAAUUUUAAGUAUUUGAAAUAUGUAUAUAUAUACUGUAUGUACUUCAUAUAUUCUUUAUUUUACAUUUUCAAUGUAUUAAAAAGUAUUUGAGCUGUUUGGAUUUGAGCAUGUAAUAAUGUUAAAAAAAAAAAAAAAAGAGGAAAAGAUGAAAAGAGGGAGAGAGGGUGUGGGUCCUGCACGCUGCAGUGGCUGCUGUUGGCAGCCUGCAGGGAGCAGAGCACCCAGAAGUGCGGCAGCGAAGGGAUUUUGGAAGUUCAGCAGUUUCAGGUAGAGCAUACAGAACAUUUCCCAGUCCUGUGUCCUGUCUGUGUCUCCUUUUGGAUCCGUUCAUUUUGCCUCGUAACCACCCAGAAUCAUCCUUGGUGAGAAGACAAAGAGGUGGAUCUUUUAUACAAGCAACGCUACCUUUAUAGCCAAAGAGACGUGCUGGUACAGAAGCUACUCAACCAAAACAGAACCAGAAGCCGCUCAGUUGUGCUGUGCCACUGGAAUUUCCACAAAUAGGUUAAUUUCUUGUUGUGAGCAUCUUACGGUGCUUAUGGGGAAUUCAAACAAUACCAAAAGUCCGAUGAUUUCAAGGAAGCACUGUCAAAGUGGAUUUGUUUUGUUUUUUUUUUUUUUUGUGGGAAUUAUGGUGAAACGCUGGCUGCAGAGAUGCUCCGUCUGCAGAAAUUAGGGACUGAGUGAAGUCCGUUCACCUGGGCUGCUCGAGAUGCUCCCCACCAGACUGAGAUCUGCAGCCCCUGCUGGUUCUGCACUGAGAGAGAACACAAAUCUCCCCAUGGAGAGGAGGGUGGAAAUGGCUCCACAGCGUGCAAGGCACAGUACCUGCCUCGCCCCCUUUUCUAUGAUGCCCAUUUUGGCUUAGGUGAAUCUCAAAUCGCAUUUAUAUUCCCCUUUAUUCCUGCAAGCAAUUGCAGGACUUGUAUAAAUUGGAGGUGUUCAGAGCAACUCUGUUGCUGGGACUUAGGGGGAAGGAAACUGGGGAAAAAAAAAAAAAAAAAAAAAAAAAAAAAAAAAAAGCAUUAACAAGUUAGGUUUUAAAAUACAAAUUUAAAAAUUUAAAAACUGAAAAGGCAGGCAAUGGGUGUUUGUAUAUACUGCUGCGAUUAUUAUUGGAAUCCCUUGGGGAAAAAAAAUAAAAUAAAAUAAAAGAAAGAAAAAAAGAAAAGACAAUAAACGAGGCACCCAGUGACUGCCAAAAGUUGCUACCUACAUGGGUAGGGCUGUCGCUCCCCAGAGUUGCACUGUAAGGGUGGGGGGGCGCGUACAGGUCGGGUCUGGAUGCGGGGGGCUGCACGGGGGUGCAGCUGAGCGUGCACAGCGAGAGCGGCUUCAUCUCAGUCUUCCCUUGGGCAGUUACCGCAGGGCUGGGACGGAAUUACAGCUUUUGUAUCCGUUUUCCUAUUUAAGGUGUAUGGGUUAGAUGAAAUGUAUGCUAGUAAGGAUGACUUUUGAUCUGCUGCACUUUUUAAGAAACAUUCCUUAUUCCCCUGGUACUGCUGCAUCUCCCGUCCCCUCCCACCCCCCUUAGACCUUAAACCCGGUCGGGGGCUCCGGUGACCUCGUGGCAGAGCCUGGGACCAGCGCCGUGAUUCCCUCCCCGUCCAUCCUCUGUGCCCCCGUGAGCCCGUGCCCUGUCACGGCCUGUUUGCAAAGUCAAAUUUAGGCAAGAAAAGGCGUGUAAGAGCUCCGUGGGCCAGUUCCUAGCAGGAGCAAUACAUCAGGGACAAUGAGGUCCCUCAUGCUGCAGCCACGCAUUUUGGCCAAGGUUGUUUUGUCACCCGGUCUGCACCCAUUUUGCUGUGUAGGAUUCCACCUUAGCUUCUCACCAGCAUUAAGAGGAAUCUGAGGAGCGCUGAGAGCGGCUUAUUCCUACCCUGUCACCCGAGGCUCUGUGUGCCCGUAGGAGGUAGCACUUGGACAAGCAAAGCCUGCCCCGUGGCUUCUGUCUUCUUGCAGAUUCUGGUCCUCUUCCUCUCACUUAUUUUUGUCAUGUAAAACUACCUGCUUUAUAAGUGAAUGUAAAAUACCGUAGUUCUUCAGCACACGGACAAAUGUGUAUUUUAUCUUAAUGUUUCAUUUUAUGUUAAAUAAAAGGCAUAUGAUUUUA